CUUCUAUUAUUAACAUCUCUCGACACUCCGUCCAAACAAGCCGUAAAAGUGGAACAUAUCCGACUAAAAUAUUUGUCAAUGAGCUAGCAUCAAGAGCACUAAAUGGUCCCUCCAGGCCACGACUAAUGGAAUAACAAGCUUUCACAUAGGUGGUGUAGAGUGUAGACCAGGUAGUGAGAGGAAUAAGCAUCCAUGGCACCUCCUUCAACUCCUACACUAGUGGUGCCCAUAGACCUAAAAAAGAAGCCACACGAUCAGGUGCCGCCGCUGCACAACCGCUGGCAUCCUGAUAUACCACCGGUGGCAGAGGUUGAAACUGGGCAGCUUUUCAGGGUGGAGAUGGUUGACUGGACUGGCGGUGCAAUUCAAGAUAAUAACGACGCAACUGAUGUCAAAACCGUGAACCUCUCAACUGUGCACUAUCUCAGUGGACCAAUCAGAUUGGUAGACAGUGAUGGAAUCCCAGCAAAGGCAGGUGACCUUCUUGCUGUAGAAAUAUGCAACUUGGGACCUCUACCUGGGGAUGAAUGGGGUUAUACAGCAACAUUUGACAGAGAGAAUGGUGGUGGAUUCCUAACAGAUCACUUUCCCAGUGCUACCAAGGCCAUUUGGUAUUUCGAAGGGAUAUAUGCCUACUCACCUCAUAUUCCAGGGGUAAGGUUUCCUGGUUUGACCCACCCUGGGAUAAUAGGAACAGCACCUUCAAAAGAAUUACUACAUAUAUGGAAUGAUAGGGAGAGAAAACUUCAAGAAAGUGGUCCUCAAUCACUGAAAUUAUGUGAGGUUUUGCAUUCAAGACCUCUUGCAAACCUCCCAUUGACAAAAGGGUGUGUUCUUGGCAAGAUUCAAGAAGGGUCACCAGAAUGGGAAAGAGUUGCUCUAGAGGCUGCUAGGACUAUUCCUGGAAGAGAAAAUGGAGGAAACUGUGAUAUCAAAAAUCUAAGUAGAGGUUCAAAAAUCUAUCUUCCUGUGUUCGUAGAAGGUGCAAAUCUCAGCACUGGGGACAUGCACUUCUCUCAGGGUGAUGGAGAGGUUGCCUUCUGUGGUGCAAUAGAGAUGAGUGGUUUUCUUGAACUCAAGUGUGAAAUCAUAAGAAAUGGUAUGAAAGAGUACCUCACUCCGAUGGGUCCCACUCUGCUGCAUGUAAACCCAAUAUUUGAGAUAGGGCCAGUAGAGCCAAGGUUCUCAGAUUGGUUAGUUUUCGAGGGAAUCAGUGUCGAUGAGAGUGGACGCCAACACUACCUCGAUGUCAGUGUAUCCUACAAACGUGCAGUGCUAAACGCAAUUGAUUACCUAUCAAAGUUUGGCUACUCUAAGGAGCAGGUCUAUCUCUUACUCUCAUGCUGCCCUUGCGAGGGCAGGAUCUCAGGUAUAGUUGAUUCCCCUAAUGCUGUUGCAACACUAGCAAUUCCCACUGCCAUUUUCGAUCAGGACAUUCAUCCAAAAGCCAACAGAACUCCAGUAGACCAGCGGCUAGGAAGGAAUCCCAGACUCCCACAGUGUACUUAUGAUGGAGACUUGCCAACCACUGUAAAUCCAUGUACUACAAUUUCACACUAGCAGCUGCCUAUAUGCAGUGAGCAUACUUUUUAACAUGUACUUGCACAAAUUAAAAUGUGAUAAACUGAAAGGCAACAAUUCAAAUGCAUUCUGCUCGUGCGUUCAUUGAAAUGAGGUUCAUCAAUGGAUACAAAAUGAAAAGGGAACAAAUUGUGUAUCAUUAAUUUUGAGUUAAAAGUGUGAUACAAAACUGACGCAAUUGAUUAAAUGGUAAGUUGGUAACGAUUAAAACUUUUAAAUGUCAAGUCUUCAGUCACUACAAAUAAGGUUAAGACAAAAAAUGCAAGAUCAGUGUUACAUAUAUAAUUCCAUUGCUCAGUAAUAUAUGGAGAGUGUCCGGUGGUGUUGAAGAGAGGUGCAUCGGAUCCCAAAAGCCCAUAACCACAGAUCCAGUUCCACACUUAGUACCU